CCACACCUUCUGGAUUUUGAUGAAUAAAAGCUCUACCUAGGAGUAGAUAUUUCGCCGCCCCAAACCCUACACAGCCACCGCCACGCGCAACGCCGCCCUCCAGCAACCGCCGGCCGGAAGAUCCUCUUCGGUUCUCUCCUUGUUCACAACCACCAUCAAUUCUGUUACUAGAGAACACCAAAAGGUCAAAACCCUAGCCGCCUCCCUAGAACUCUCGCAGCACCAUGUCGACAUCCACUAGCGGCGGCGGAUCGCUCUCGCCCCAGGCGGCUGCAGCGCUCCAGGAGGGCAUCGGGCUGGUGUUCGGGCGGUGGACGGCGCUGCAGAUGGCUGUGGAGAACAAGUGGGGCGGCCCCGACUCCCGCGCCAAGGCCGACCAGCUCGCCCAUAUUAUUAUGAGGACUUGGAGGAUAUGAUGUUUGACAACAUAUAUAAAUCCCUCAAUUCUAACUUUGCGGAUGGUAGCAUUGGGGAGGUUGCUGAACAAUUUUUGAUAAUGCAUGAAGAAUGCCUGGAAAACAACUUUUCAUCGAUUGAGAAAUUAAGGAAUACACGGCCUCAAGGAAAUGCUGUUUCCCAAAGUAGACAGAUGGUACCCGAGGAUGAUGAUGAUGAUAGCUCGGAUGAUGGUGAUGAGCCAUCAAUGGGGAAAGAUGAAGCAGCUAGAUCAGAUGAUAUGGUGAUAGAUCAGCCAAAACCUUCCAAGCCUACCCCUGAUGCUGAUGGGUGGACUGUUGUGCCUCCUAGGCGUGGCCGAGGCAAGAAUUAAGCGCAGAAGCAAACCUUGGCAAGACAGCUCCCAGUUAGAGGCCGUUUUCUGUCUGAAGGUUUUAAUAUGUGAUUAGCAAAACCUUGGCGCAACUCCUACUUGUGCCGUUUUCGUCUAAAGGUUUGGAUUUUAUCAGGAAUGAUGUUUGUGUUAGCAUGUUAUCUUUUUCACUCUUGUUCGACAUGGCAACGAAAUACUCUAGUUGUAAACUAGGUAAAAAGUAUCUUUUAUGAGGUAUGCACACUUGAACUGAUGAUUAUCUUUGCCCUUGUAUUUGUGUGCUUUUGAA